AUGACACUGAUCUUGCUUCAUACAUUUAUUAUAAUGGCUAUACGAAACUAUGAAUCAAGCGAAUCUUCAAACAACAAUGGUAAUUCGAACGUAUUAGGUUAUCAAAUAACUUGUAGUUGUAUGUCAGUGUCGUCUAGCGUAUGCAUGCAAUAUAAUUGCGGCAUAACGGCACAACAAGCAAGUUGUUUUGCAGGUGCAAGUCUUAUUACGCUUGCCGAUGGUACAUUCAAAUCCUUAGCUGAUGUACAAAUUGGUGAUCAAGUACUUGUCAAUAAGAACAAUACAAUUGAGCCAAUCACAUCGUUCAUACAUGCCAAACGACAAGGUCUCUUUACCUUCCUUGCACUGCAAAUACAAUCGGUCGUAUCCAAUUUGUCUUCGACGAUAUUGGUCUCUGCUAAUCAUCUUAUUUUCGAUUAUGAUUCUGGCGAAGCAAGAUUCGCAGGAAAGUUUCGUGUUGGUGAUCGAGUUCAAUUUAUUGACAACAGUGAAAUCGUACCCGGUGAAAUAGUUCAUAUCCAACUAACAAAACAACAAGGAUACUAUGCACCAUUAACUCCAUCAGGUACUAUUAUUAUUGAUGGCGUUGUUGCUUCGAAUUAUGCAACAGUAAGCAAUCACGCAUUGGCUCAUCAAUUAAUGGGCAUAUAUCGAUGGUGGAUUGAUUUAGUCGGAGGAUCUAAAUGGAGCGAAGAAAUACCAUGGAUGUUACAAAUCAUGUUAAGUAUCGAACAAGUAAUUCGAUGGUUUGGUGGACAAGUAUUAAUAGAUAGUUAUGUAUGA